UCAUCCUGAGCGUCAGUCGGGGGAGACUCUCACUACACUCUUCCAGCUUUCCUCUCUUUUCCUCUGUCUUUCUGAAGUUUCCACUCUCCCCUUCUGCCAUGGCUCCGACCCUUGCCACAGCCUUCGCCAGGCGCUGGUGGAUGGCAGUGACCGCCAUCAUUGAGAACCUGUUCUUUUCUGCUGUGCUGCUGGGAUGGGGAUCACUUCUCAUCAUGCUGAAGUCAGAGGGCUUUUACUCUUACCUUUGCAACGGGGAGGGUAACAGCUCCAGCCACAAUCUCUCUCAACCUGUUGCGACACCGGCAUCUGCUGAAUACUCCCCCGAGUACUACGAAGGGGUUGAGCCCAUGGAGGAUUGGGGAGACGGGGUAGAGAUGAGGCCCCUGGUCACCGCCGACGGGCCCCUGAGGAUGAACGGCUGGCUGAUCUGCAAAGAGCAGGACGAAAUGCUGAAUCUGGCUUUCACAGUGGGCUCCUUCUUGCUUUCAGCCAUCACACUGCCACUGGGGAUCGUCAUGGAUAAAUAUGGGCCUCGGAAACUUCGGCUGCUGGGCAGCACUUGCUUUGCCUUUUCCUGUCUACUCAUUGCCUAUGGGGCUUACAAACCAAAUGAACUCUCCGUUCUUAUUUUCAUUGCACUCACUUUCAACGGCUUCGGGGGCAUGUGCAUGACCUUCACCUCACUCACACUCCCUAACAUGUUUGGAAACCUUCGUUCUACCUUCAUUGCCCUCAUGAUUGGUUCUUAUGCUUCUUCUGCGGUCACUUUCCCUGGUGUCAAGGUCAUCUAUGAUUUCGGUAUCCCAUUCAUUACCAUUCUUGUGGUGUGGGCUUCCUGUGCCGGUCUGGUCUUCUUGAACUGCUUCUUCAACUGGCCCCUGGAGCCCUUCCCUGGACCGGAAGAUAUGGACUACACUGUGAAGAUCAAGUUCAGCUGGCUGGGCUUUGACCACAAGAUCACAGGGAAGCAGUUCUACCACCAAGUGACCACAGUUGGCCGCCGCCUGAGUGUCAGCAACAACGUGAAACAAAAGGAGGUGGUCAGUAAGGAUGGACGCACUCUCUGCCUUUCUACCAUGGACUUAGAAAUGGAUUGCAAGCCUCAGGAAGAAUCCGAAUCUUUUCUGAAGAGCAUCAUGAGCCCUAUUUUCCUACUUAGCGCAUUGACCAUGUCUAUCACUCAGCUCCGUCUCUUGUUCUACAUGGGGGCCAUGAACAGCGUUUUGGAGGUGCUCUGUGGUGGAGACCUCAACACAGUGGAAAGGAUGGAAGUUGUGAGUCUUUACUCGUCCAUCUUCGGCGUGCUGCAGCUGCUGUGUCUGAUGACCACUCCCGUGAUUGGUCAGAUCAUGGACUGGAAACUGAAGGACUGUGUGGACGGAGACGAGGACAAGGAACCCUUAAGCAACGGUGAAAGCAAGACAAAGCGCAGAGACAAGAAGACCCAGAAGGUGACCAACGCCCUGCGAGCGUUCGUCCUCACAAACCUGCUUUUGGUGGGAUUUGGCAUCACUUGUCUGGUGCCAAAUCUCCAAGUACAGAUCGUCUCAUUCGUCUUACACACUGUGGUGAGAGGAUUCAUUCACUCUGCUGUUGGGGGCCUUUAUGCUGCUGUGUAUCCCUCCUCUCAGUUUGGCAGUUUAACAGGGAUGCAGUCCCUGGUCAGUGCUGUGUUUGCUUUGCUGCAACAGCCCCUGUUUUUGGCUAUGAUGGGACCACUAGAAGGAGACCCAUUCUGGGUUAACAUUGGACUCCUUGUGCUCAGUAUGCUGGGCUUCUUGCUGCCUCUCUUCCUGAUCUGGUACAGGCGAACGCUCCAUCAAGAACUCCAGCAGAAAGCUGAGGACGCCAAAAUAUACAUCAAAAUCAACGGCUCAGAGAUCCCAGAGGCCUUCGUUUAAAGGAGGGCAGAGAGAGAAACGGCGUGUAAAACAGGAGUCAUAACAUUUUGAACAUAAAAUUAUGAAACAUCUCCAUAAGGGAGACAACACCCAUUUUUACAAAUUCCUAAAACAAAAAGCUACUGGGAUUGUUGUUGCAGAAAUGAGUCCAACGGACUAGGAGAGAAGUGAAACACACAGGGGAGAUGGAGAGCAAACAGGAGGAGAAACUGUGAAAGGAAAGAGGCGUCAGCCAUCUGUAUUUACCCAAAUCCUCAGAGCUCUCAUUUACUUCGUUUUCUCCCUAACCUCCAGAGUUUUACAGCAUUUAUUCUGCUUUAACAUCUUAAAAUAACUUGAGUAGAGAAACAAUACAUGUCCUCCUGAUGCAGUGACAAGGUUAUUCAGCAUCACCUUUCCAGUUAACCUCUUUAAAAUUAGAGGGUGAUCCUAUUGUUAUGGGUUUUCUCCUAUGUGUUAUAUGUUGACGGCAAAUCAUCCAGAUCCCAUAGCAUGGUGCUACUUAUCAGUACCUCUGCUGGAUUUUUCCCAAGAUAUUGUGAAAAGGAAAUGUGGAAAAAGUAGGAUGAGUAAGAGUAGAGACAUGUUGCUGAUGUUUCUUGGGCAAGCAUAAGAGACAGUCAUAAUCCUUUUGUAAGGCUAACAUCUGAUGAUACUAUUCCUGCAGACCAGAGUCUACUGCAGUGCUGUGCAUUUCUUUGAAAAAAAUGCACAGCUUAGAGUAUUUAUUUUUUCUUAUCUGUUAGCCUUAGUUGUUUACACCUUUGGAAUGUUCUUUCAAUGAAAAAGUGAAAAUUAACUGAUUGAAUUUUCACACAUUCUACACUUGCAUGGUAACAGUGACUUAAUGCAUUUUCCCAUAAAGCUGCCAUUAUUUAGAUGUCUUAGAUUGAGUAAUUAUUCCAUCUAGUCUGUCUCCUUUAAGAGAAUGUCAGCCCUUUUACCCCAAUUCCACACAAACCCAGCUCAUGGUGGCACUUCCUCUGGAUGAUUGGCUUCAACCCCCUCCACCGCUCUUGUAUAUGAGUAUUUAUUUUAUCGUAACAUUUCCAUUUUAAAUUCUUUGUGUACUUAACUGUGCAGCGCUGUUCCGAUAAAUGUUUCUGUACUGUUUUGUUUGUCUGGAGCUCCUUUUACCCUGAACGAAGAUAAAGUAGGGAUAUUUUGCUACAUGGGUGUUUGUGUUUAACAUGGAAGGAUUUGUGGAAGUUAAUAAAGAUUUUUCUUUUUUUCAA